AUGCUGGCCCCGCCUCUCCCCUUCAUGUACCCUCAUAUGCUUCCCACCCCUCCUCAGUCUCCCCCAAUCCCCCGCUAUGCCCCGGAAGACCGCCUCGGACUGCUCCUAGCCAACCGGCUGGAGCUCACCAGCAUCCUCGGAGUUGGCGCCUAUGGUGUGGUAUACACAGCCGUGGAUAUCCAUACCGACGUUCUAUACGCUGUCAAGGCCCUCAACAAAGCUGGUUUGGAUCCCCGCCAGCUCAAGUUCCAACAACGUGAGAUCAAGCUCCACCAUAUGGCCAGCCAGCAUCCCAAUGUCGUCUCCCUGGUCCGCAUUAUGGAUUCCAUCGACUGCACCUAUGUGGUUAUAGAAUUCUGCCCCGAAGGGGAUCUGUUUUCAAGCAUCACCGACAAGAGCCACUUUGUCGGGAACGAUCCCCUGGUUAAGCGCGUUUUUCUUCAAAUCCUGGAUGCGGUCCAUUACUGCCACUCGCUCGGAAUCUACCACAGGGACCUCAAGCCGGAGAACAUUCUGGUCACCGACCAGGGAUUGACUGUCAAGUUGGCCGACUUUGGCCUUGCUACAACGGACUAUCUCACUUCCGAUUUUGGAUGCGGGUCGACAUUCUACAUGUCGCCAGGUAACUUGGAGCUCCCCCCCAAGUGGUCUAGAUUUGACAAGGCUAACCUCAUCACAGAGUGCCAGCAACCGAACCCGCGCCCGAUGUCAUACUACCAGUCAGCACCGAAUGACGUCUGGAGCCUGGGUGUCAUCCUCGUCAACUUGACUUGCGGUCGUAACCCGUGGAAGCGUGCCUCAUUCGAGGAUUCCACCUUCCGCGCCUACCUCAAGGACCCAUUUUUCCUCAAGUCCAUCCUGCCCUUGUCGGACGAGAUGGUCUGUAUCCUCAGCCGCAUCUUCGAGCCUGACCCCUCAAGGAGGAUUACUAUUCCGGAGCUGCGCCAAAUCAUUCUGGACUGUCCGCGAUUCACUCUCAACCCUAUGACUCCUUGGGGCUCAACAACUGGACCUCUUGUCAACUACAUUCACCCUCCGCAGGUUCCCGUCCCUGUUGUCGAGGACGCCUUGAACACCGAACCUUCUGUCUGCUCCUCUGAUUCGUCUCAAUACUCGGAUGCUUUCUCUGCCGUCUCGGACGCUUCUUCCUACACGGAAGGCUAUUCAGACAUGGACAGCAUGUCUUCGCUUGGUCCGGACGAGACAGCCUGCAAGGAUGACUUUCCCCAACCGGACCCUGUCGCAUGUGGCGAUAUCCCAGAAUCACCUAUGACCGAACCUUUCGUGGUUUGCCAGCAACCAUACGCUUACCCUAUACCCGUUUGUUAA